CGCAUACCGUACAGCCUGUGUGAGAGGAUGAUGACAGACAGAGGACAAGUAUGACAGGGAACAGCAUCAGCACCACUGACAAGAAUCUCCCACACUGAUAGAGGGGAUAAAGAGUGAAGAAGAGGAGAGAGAAAAAUAAGUUUUUUUAAGGAGAGGGAGGAAUAACAAAGGACAGCAGGGGGACUUUUUUUUUUUACAGCCAUUAUUUUCUUCUUUUUUGGCUGUUAUUGCUGUCUUUCUUCCCUUUUCUCCAUCUUUCCUUGUCCUCCUUUUUAUUCUUCUUCUCAUCCUGGUUCUUCUCCCAGCUCCCGCCGUGGGGUCUCAACUCUCCGUCUCCCUCCCCCCUUCCCUUGCUCCCUACCUCCCCCGGGCCUUGCUCGGAGCCUCCAGGCUUCUGCGCCGCAGGAGGAUGUCUCGCAGGGAGUCUCCCCCGCCGCCCUCACCAGAGCAACUGCUUGGAGUGAGGAGGAGGGAGGUGGAUUGCGACGACCGUCCAAAGCGCACAGAACCGCUGUCCGAUGCCGAGCGGGAGAUCAUCCAGGACACUUGGGCGCACGUGUACAAGAAUUGUGACGAUGUGGGGGUGUCGGUUCUCAUAAGGUUCUUCGUGAACUUCCCAUCUGCCAAACAGUAUUUUAGCCAGUUCCAAGACAUGGAGGAUCCUGAGGAGAUGGAGCAAAGCUGCCAGCUUCGACACCAUGCCCGUAGGGUGAUGAAUGCCAUCAAUACUGUGGUGGAGAACCUCAAUGACCCAGAGAAGGUGUCGUCAGUGUUAGCCCUGGUGGGGAAGGCUCAUGCUAUCAAGCACAAGGUGGAACCGAUGUAUUUUAAGAUACUGAGUGGGGUGAUGCUGGAGGUGAUGUCUGAAGACUUCCCAGAAUUCUUCACGGCAGAAGUGCAGAUGGUGUGGACCAAACUCAUGGGUGCCGUGUACUGGCACGUGACAGGGGCCUACAGAGAUGUGGGCUGGCUCCAGGUCUCCAGCUCGGCCGUGUGAAGGUGUUGCGGGGAGCUGGAGCCUAUCCCAGCUAACUUCUGGCAAAAGGCAGACAACACCCAGGCAAUCACUGGGCACAUUUCAAGAUAAAAGACAGACAAACAAUUACACCGCCACUGGAUGGAAACUGAACCCACGCUGCCUGCACGGAGGUUAGGCAAGUGAUUUGUCAGUGACUUCAACUUUAUUCUCGUGUUAUUAUUAUUUUAUUUUUUUUUUCAAUGUGGCCCAAACACUCCUCUACAUAUACGCUCGACUUAUCGCCAGGCAAUCAAAUUAAAGUGAAUGAGGUAUGGAGCAAUGGUGGUCAGUCACGGCCGGCAAGGCCUUCUCUGCUGGCCUAUAUGAUAACAGAAGCACUGACCUACAGUACAUUUACAACCUAAAUUCUAAUAUUUGAUUGAUGAAAUUGUAUUUAUUUAUUCCCAACUGUAUAUUCUCAUCUUUUAUUUGCUUUUCUCUUGACUGCAAUGAUUCCAGCAUGUGUAUGUUGAUGUUGGAUUUUUUUUUGUCCAAUCAGAUUUCAGCCUUUUUGUGCUGCCAUAUCAAUCGAAUCUUGCCAGUACCAGGGCCUUUAGAAUCAGUAGUGCUGACUGAUGUAACUUUAAACAGUAGCAAGUUCUUUACCAAUCAGAUUUCACAUUUGUCCUCACAGGGUCAGCAGAUCUAUAAAAUGUGUUCCUGUGAAAGAACCAGGUCAUUUUCAAGUUCUAUCUGGAGGCUAUAAAACCCAACAAUUACCAGUCAUAAAUGAUCCAUCUGCCUAUGACUGGAUUACCUGGUACAAUAAUAUUUCUCAACAGUGUAGUGAGAAAAUCAUAUGCAUACACACAAUGGGUUGCUGCUCUUGCCUGCCUACAGGCUUUGUGUCAAUUUGCAUCACGUUGUCAUCAUUCCAAUUGCACACAAACACAUACAUACAAGAUACAUCCCUUUUCCACACACACACACACACACACACACACACAUGCACAAACACACAGCACGCACACACACACAUGAACACAAUUGUGAUUGUGCAUUAAAUUAUCUGACUUGGACAUGUCCACGCAUGCCAAGUAUACCACAGCACUUAAUCAAAUAUAUACUGUACUUAGAAAAGAUAUUGACACAUCUAACAUGCUUGUUCUCUCUUUAUAAGGGCAUCACAGCAUAUACUGUAUGUGGAACUAUCUGUUUUGUUGUGAAAUGUUUCUGUGAAUGAGUUGUUAAAAGUGCAGACUUAAUUAUAUUUUUCUAAAUAUAUCUAUGAUAAUGAGUCGACAUUUGAAUACUAUAUUAACGUGUCAUUGUAUACUACGUUAUUGGUGGGAGCAAGUGCGGUGGCUUUGUCGUGUUUCAAGCAUGUUUGCACAUCUUGCCACAAACUGUAGAUAUGGUGAACAUGAAAAUGGUCAAUAAAAUGCACUUGAACAUUUG